AUGGCUUCCGCAUCUACUACUCCUGGAGCUCCCAUUAUUCCGAGAGAACACCUCACCAGGGUGAAGGAAUACGCGGUAGCCGUGGGGGGUUAUGGACAAGUGUUUCAGUGCGUCAUGCGGCCGCCAGCGGCUCCAGAGGUUUUGGUGGCUGUCAAGAUGCUAAUGCAUCUUACCGGUGAUGUUUCCAAGAAGGUUGAUCUUCAUUUCAAUUUUCUCACAUACAACUUCGUUGCUGAAGUCCGCCUCCAGCGUGCGCGUCGUGAGAUAAAAUUAUGGAUGGCAGCGAGACACGAGAACAUUGUCCCUAUGCUCGGUAUCACGAAGGGAUUUUCCGAAGAAGGCUUCGCUAUGGUCUCUCUCUGGAUGGAAGGGGGGACACUUGCACAAUAUCUCGAACGCUAUAAAGGAAACAUCCCUUGCAGGAAAAAACUGACUUUGAUGAAGGACAUUGCUAGCGGCUUGGCAUAUCUACACUCUCGUCAGAUUGUCCAUGGAGACCUCACAACUAAUAACAUUAUGCUUGAUGAUAAUGAAAGGGCGUUGUUGAUCGACUUCGGGUUAUCAAACGUGCUUGGGGGUAGUAGCCUCUCGCUCUCUGCAGCACGACCAGGGGCGGUGAGAUUUGCUGCACCGGAACUGCUGGGCGUGGAAGAGGCGACAAGCCAACCUACUGGAGAGGGUCCACAUGUCCACAAUCAAUCACCAAUGCCGGAUAUGCACAGUGAUAUUUAUUCCCUUGGCUGUGUGAUGCUCAACGUCCUCACGGAACAGAAGCCAUGUUAUUACCUCCAUGAUUCGUGGGCUAUUAUGAGGGCUGUCCUCGCGCGAAAGCCAUUUCCCAUUUCCGACCACAGUCACCUAACUGAGAAACGCAAGCAGUUUGUCUGCAACUGUACUUCAGUUCAAAUUAAACGAAGAUCUUCAAGUCAAGACGCUGUGGUUUUUCUCGAAGAUGAGCUGGAUAUUGAAGACGCUACAGCUCCCUUCCAGAAGUCGGAGGCAGAGGUGUCAAGUCAAGCCGCCCCGGCUUUUAUCCAAGAGUUGGAGCCAGAUAUAUCUCGUCAAUAUGCGCCGUCCCCUGUUCAAGAUAAGUCGGACGCGGAGUGGCCAAGCCCAGAUGUCAUCAAUUCGCAGCACUCGCACACUAUUGUCAUUGCUGGGGCCAUCGGUUCCGGAAAAAGUUCCCUCGUCAACCUCUUGUCCGGGAAACGUGUUGCGCAGACCUCAAACGAUGCCGGGCGUUGCACUACAAAGUGGAAGGACUACCCGAUUUCUUUUCGCGACACCAUCUACAGGGUGUUUGAUACUGUUGCCUUUGCAUGCAGCAACGGUACUUCACUGGGGCCCAAAGAACGGUCAGACAAGCAUGCCAAAGAGCAGACCAGAGCGAUACAUGAGCAAGGCGGCAUUGACUUGCUGUUGCUCUGCGUGUCGAGCAGAAACUUCCGUGUGGAAGCGGUGCUCAGCGAUUAUCAAAAGAUUCAGGACGAAUUACGCGGACAGCAAGUACCCGUUGUCCUCGUAGUCACUCACUUGGAAGAGCCUUUCACUACCGAAAGUUGGUGGUCCAAAAAUUCGUCGACGUUUCGGGCUCAAUUGGAGUCCAUCGCCAAUAAUAUUUGCAUCACUUCGAUCCACGACAAAUACCUCAGCGAGUCCCGCGAGCAUAUCUUCCAGAUGAUUGCACAUCAUUGCACCUCCGGUGCGAGGGAGUCGCGGCAGCAGGCGUCAGGAAAGGUUCAUUCCGCGUCAACUUCGAGAACCUUCAUGGGCAAUGUGGCCCGGGCUCUUCACAUCAACCAGUUGUCCACGCAGAUCCGCGGAGUCGUCACGCACGGGCUUGGUCUACGACUACGCACGUCUUGA